AUGCACAUCACGCGUUGCUCCGACGCGGAUGCCAAUACAUCGGCUACCAGCCACCACGUGUCACCGCCGCCCUCGCAGAUAGGCGACGACCUGCGCGUGCUCCACGGCUCGGACGGCCCCGGCGGAUCUGGAUAUGUCCACUUCCGCAUCCAUCGGAAUGGCAUCGCUUUCUACGCCAACGUCGCGGACACCUCCCAGUUGCACCAGCGCCUUCAGCAAGCUGAACCGCACGAUGUUGCGCAGUCAUUGAAAUGCGCCCACCGCCGCACCAACAUGAG